AACGAGUUUGGUGUUUGACCUUGCUUGUGUAUAGCUAGCUGGCUUGCUGGUAGCCCUGCAGAAUUUUACCUUAAUUUUGGGUGGAGCGAGCGAGCGUUAGAUCAAAAGAGCGAUUUGAACGCUUGCCGCGGAAUGACUUGUCGAAUAAACCCAAGGUUUCAAAGGGUCUCGAAACUCAAAAACCACUAUCAGCCUAGCGUUUAAUUCAGCAAGAACUAGGGUGCCUGCAUGUUCGCCGUAUAUAAAGAGACGAGAUGGAGAUCAAAACAAUUGUCAUAUUUGCAGUUGCUGCAGUCUGAUCAUUGGGUUCGAUCCUUUCACCUCAGCUAUUCUACUUCGAGUCAGUCAAUAAUAUUCGUGUACAGCGUCCCGCGGGCUUGGCAGAUCUAAGUUAGCAUGAGCACCCCUGCAGCCCAUGCAAGGAAGCUGAGGAAGUAAAGUCAAGGUCCUAGGCCUGAAAACCAAAACUUCUCGAGCUGCCGACAAACACUCGCUUGCAAUUGAUUCUUUUUGUAUCGCGCCGUGUGCUCUAUCCCCGACACUGAUCCCUUUGCUGGGUUUUCACCUGUCGUGUUCUUGCUCGACCUGCUGGCAGUUUACUAUAAUUUGUUCACUUCCCUUUUUUUUCUGUCUCAAUUCAAGCGAUUUGUGUCCAGCAAGUCUCUCUUUUCGGGCGCUUCACUCCUUAAUUACCACCUGCGUACCAAUCCAUUGUGGCGAUUGUACUGUCCCACACACCGACGUCGACGUCGCUAUAUCGUCACACAGACGAUAUUGUACUCGGGCCUCGAAUCCUUCUUCUUUGACUGGCGCCGCAUUCCUUGCGCCCCUCUAAAUCAUUAUUGUGGUAACAAACACCUCUUUUGCCUGGGAAAAAAUAAUAGUCAAGAUUGACCAAGAAUUCUCGGCAUCUUGGCCUUGUGCGCUGCUGAAAGCUUGGCCGCUUGGCCGCUUGGCCGUCGUGAAAGGCUACUGACUGCCCCAUUGGUGGCUACCUACCUACCUACUUAUUUCACCGCUACCAAUUCAAGGGUCGAGUAGCAACAAAUUCUACCCUAAUUCUGGAGCCCAUUCGCUGGUUUUGGCCUCACGGUUGCCAGGACAGAUCUAGCAGCCAUGGCGUGGGAACACCUUUCAAUUACCAAGCCUCACCUGGUGUACAUCAUCCUGGGUGGCUUCACAUCACUUUUCAUGCUAUGCUCCUCCGUCAUCAAGGAGCGCAUGUACAUUGGCGAGGCCACGGUUGCGACACUUUGCGGCCUCAUAUUUGGCCCUCACGCUGCUAACCUCAUUAACCCGCAAUCAUGGGGAAACGUCGACAUCGUCACCAUUGAGUUCUCACGGAUAGUUCUCGUGGUUCAAUGUUUUGCCGUCGGCGUCGAAUUGCCCAAGUUUUAUAUGGAGCGACACUGGAAGUCGGUCAUCUUCCUCUUGGUGCCUGUUAUGACCGCUGGUUGGUUGAUUACUAGCCUGGUCAUCUGGUGGAUGAUCAACCCCCUGUCAUGGCUAGAGAGCCUGGUCAUUGCAGCAUGUGUGACUGCCACCGAUCCUGUCCUGGCGUCAUCGGUUGUCGGCAAGGGAAAGUUCGCCAAAAGGGUACCCAAGCAUCUGAGAGAUCUCCUCUCCGCCGAGUCCGGAUGCAAUGACGGCAUGGCCUUUCCAUUUGUCUACCUGGCAUUAUACCUGAUUCAGGACCACAUGGACGCCAAGGAAGUGACCUUUCACUGGUUCGUCUUCACCAUCCUCUAUGAGUGCGUCUUUGGCGCCGUCUAUGGCUUCAUGAUCGGCUAUCUUGCUCGUCACGGGAUCAAGUACGCCGAGAAACACGAUCUCAUUGAUCGCGAGAGCUUUUUGGUCUUCUACUUCGUUUUGGCCCUAUUUUGCGCAGGCUCGGGAAGCAUCCUGGGUAUCGACGAUCUCCUCGUCGGCUUCGCUGCUGGAGUGGGUUUCUCCAACGAUGGGUGGUUUGGCCAAAAGACUGAGGAGGCCCACGUCUCCAACGUUAUUGACCUGUUACUCAAUCUUACAUACUUUGUUUAUUUCGGCACAAUCAUCCCCUGGGAGAUGUUCAACAAUGCCGAGCUAGGCCUUGACGCAUGGAGGCUGGUUGUGAUCGCCAUAUUUAUCCUUCUUUUCCGCCGAAUCCCCAUCAUGAUGGCACUGAAGCCGCUGAUACCCGACAUAAAAACAUGGCGAGAGGCUCUGUUUGCCGGUCACUUCGGUCCCAUUGGUGUCGGUGCCAUCUUCGUCGCCAUUCUGGCUCGAGCCGAGCUUGAGUCAGAAACACCAGUACCGCUAUCUGAGCUGCCACCGGCGGAUUCUCCACACUUCACUCUCAUCACGCUUGUUUGGCCCAUUGUAGCCUUCCUCGUGGUUACCUCCAUAAUUGUCCACGGGUCUUCCGUUGCCGUCUUUACGCUUGGAAAGCACAUCAACACGUUGACAUUGACCAUGUCGUAUACCACGGCGCCGGAAGACGGGCCAUCAUGGAUGAACAGGCUCCCGAGAAUCACGUCGCAGUCCCGGUCCCAGGCCAGAACCAUGUCGGAUACCGAAUCUGACGAGCCAAAGAUGCCCGAAUAUCCACCCGGGACUCUGCCUCCCAUUGGAUUCCCUGGAAACUUCCUGCGUCGCGUGAGAGAUGACGAGAAGGAUGACUCCGUCAGGCAGUCACGCCGUGCUUCUUCAACAGGAAGAAAGAGGCGCAGCAGCAGGAAGAGAUGGGACGACGGAAUCGGGCCGGGCGGGCCAAUCUCAGAGUCUGCCAUCUUCCCACGACGCACUGAGAGCGACACGGCUAACGCACCAGAGACACAUGGGAACUCUAAGGCCUUGCCUUCAGACAACAACUCCUCGGAUCAAACCCAAGUUGGGGGCCAGAGUGGCGGCCAGUCUGAAAAUGAUUCACAAAAGACAGAGACUCGUCCCGGAUCAGGGCAUGGUGGGCAGGAAAAUGACAGAAGCCGCCAGGAAUCCGCACUACGUCUCUAUAGUGAAGGGGAUCACCUGAUAAUAGAAAACAGGGAUGGAGAUGUUAUUGCCCUUGACCCACAAACCGAGGAAAGUGGACCGCAGUCACCAGCUGGUGGUGAUGGGCAAGAGGGAGCAUCUGGCUGGUCGUACGACGCAAUUAAGAAGAGGUUGGGUGACUGGCGAGACGAGGAGAUUCAGAAGCGUAGCAGGGGCCAAGAAAAGACAAAGAAGCAUGCUCCUGCGCGGGCGUAUCAAUUUGGAAACACUAUCAUUGUCGAAGAUGAGGAUGGCGAAGUUCUGAAGAAGUACGAAUUGCCGUCAGGGAAGCCUGAGAGGGAAGGUGGAGAUCUGGUGUCGCAAAGUUUGAAGAAAAUGGGUAUUGUAUCCAAGCAAAAGGGUGGUAACGUCGAAAAGACCAACGACAACGCCCCAUCACAGGCAGCAGGAGCACCAGCCAGCAGCAACCCCAGACCUAUACAGAGGUCAAGGAAAAAGAGUUCGGCAGCUGAGGAAGCGGAUGAAGAAGACGACAGGAACAUCCGCUUCAAGAUCGGUGGCGUUGGUCAACGUAUGACCAAGGAAGACUUCAUUAGGGAAAUGCGAAAGUUGGACAAGAGCACCCGCAGUGAGGUCGUGGACCAGUCUUCGGCUUCGGUAGCGGUGAAGGCUUUGGCAAAUCAGGAACGACGUCCGGAAGACUCGCCGAAGGCUGAUGGGAAUCCCGGCGACUUUGGAAGGAACCGGGCCGUCUCACAGCCAUCUAAACCGGCACAAGCAGAGGCGGCAUCACGCAGUGGAGACCAAGACGGCGAGACAGCUGCUGAGCGAAGGCGACGGUUGUCGGUGCUCAAGAACAUGGAAUCGGACGACUUGAUCAAUGAGAACACGGAGACGCCAGCGGAAAGGCGGCGACGUGAAGCUGCGUUGGGAAUAGGCCCCAGUGAUCAGAUAGCUGAGGCGGAUAGCGACGAUGAGGAUGGCUUGCCGAGGGAACCUUCUCCGAGACGAGGAAUCCGGUUUGCCGAGCCUACCAGGGGCAACAAAUGAGUGUGACUAGUCUAUCAGAUGAAGAAGCGCAAGCUCUUCUGGUUGUCUUGUGUUAAAGCGCUGCCUCACUUAGUUAGCGUCUGUAUUAAAUACCUACUUGUUGUAAUUAAUCAACCUUUUUUUGUACUCCUCCAGAUUGUGUAUGAUCCAACGGCGGCUCAGAAACGAAGUUACAUUUGAAAGCUUUUGCGGUUGUAGGAUGAUUUCUUUGCCAACAUGUUUUCUCUUGUGUAUCUAUGCCUUGAUCGGUGGUUGUUCGGUGUUACAAAUUACAAUGCAUGUCAAAGCCG